GAGACAUUAUUGUCGGACCCGAGGGGAGGGCGUGACGAGGAGCAACAGGUGGAUCGGAAUCAAGCCAAUCAGCAGGUUGGGAGGACGAGAGGAUUGCUGAUCAUUUUGAGUUUGUGGGGGUUGAUCUUCUUGCAGGCAUCGAACAUGUCUGGGAUCACUACGACGCAAUCGAAAAUUGCAGAAGACUUGGACGCUUUUGUAUACGCAAGCUGGUUCUCUUCUGCAUAUCUUAUUGCAAUGUCUAGUUUCUCUCCCAUAUGUGCUCGAUUAGCUCAGAUCUUCUCCCCACGAAAUUGCAUAUUAUUUGCUUCCACCCUUUUCUCCAUUGGCGGAAUUGUCACUUCUCGAGCCAGAACUCUGAGUGUCUUCCUCCUGGGCCGAGCCAUAAGUGGAACCGGUGGUGCUGGCAUAAUGACCAUCUCCUUUAUUCUGGUUCUAGAGCUGUCUGGUAAGAAGAGGAGAGGCUUGUUCAUUGGAUUGCUUAAUACAGGAUUUACAACUGGAGUUGCCUUGGGAGCAGUCGUUGCUGGUGCUUUGUUGCCUAUAAGGGGCUGGAGAUUUUUGUUCUGGAUCCAAUGCCCACUAGCAUUGGUGGCGGGCGUUGGGAUAUUUUUCAGCAUUCCAAAGUCAUUUACUUCAGGGAAACAUAGCAACGCCGAAGGUUCAAUAAGGGCUAAACUUGCUAAAAUAGAUUAUCUCGGGGCGUUUACUCUGAUGGCAACUCUUGUGUCUUUCCUCUACGGUCUCUCCUCGCCGAAGAUCCUCUGGCAGCCACUCGUCGUCUCGCUUGUCUUCCUCUUGGUCUUCAUUUUCACGGAAGUCUAUGUAGCAUCCGAACCCAUCAUCCCAGUCACAGUUCUUAAAUCCCGCGGCGCGCUCCUUUCUUGCGUGGCGCAGCUGGGAAUCAUGGUUGCUAGGUGGAUGGUGCUCUUCUAUACACCUGUGUACGCAAUAGCAAUUCGUGGCUGGUCACCUGCUUCAGCCGGUUCAAUCUUGAUCCCCACGAACCUUGGGUUCGCCACUGGUGGCCUACUAGUUGGCUGGUUGCAUAUAAAGCGAGCUGGGAGCUUUUGGCUAGCUUCCGUGAUCGCGUACUCCCUCUUUGUUUGUACGCUACUCCUCAUCUCCCAGAUCUCCAACCCUUCAACUCUGCCUGCGUUUUACUUCCUCGCUGUCUUCAUCAAUGGGUGCUGCACGGGAGCAGCUUUGAAUUAUACGCUCGCUCAUCUACUACACCAAACACCUCCCUCAACGCAUUUCAUCUCCAUCUCUCUUCUGGCCACGUUUCGUGGCUUUGCCGGUUCGUUCGGCUCUGCUAUUGGCGGAGGCUUGUUCGUGAGAUUGUUGAAGAGUGGGUUAGAGGAGGGCUUUGAACAGCACGGCGGCUUGGAAGGUAGAGAAGAGUUAGUGAGGAGAUUGCUUGGGAGCCCGGCGUUGGUG